AUGUCACGCCGAACACCUCUUUACCUGGGCCUCGCCGUCGCCGGUGCAGGCGGUUACUACCUGUACCGCGCUGGCGGAGACGUCAAAAGCGCAAAGCAUGAGUUGAAGAUUGAUGCCGAGAAGGCGCGCGAGAAGCUCCCUCACUCUGAUAAUCUCCAGCAGAAAGGUCAGGAUAUUGGCAAAGAGGCUGGAGGCCAGAUUGACGAUGCUCUCAACAAUGCCCGCUCCAAAUUCAACCAACUGGACGAACGCACAUCCGAGCUCGCACACGAUGGCAAGUCCAAAUUCAGCGAACUGAGCGAGGAAGCCCGUGCAAAGUUCAACGCCGGUGUUGAUAAGGCUGAUCGCACUGUUGAGAAGACUGCUGCUGAUGCGAAGGGAACUGUCAAUGGCUGGUUUGGCGGCAAGAAAUAG